UCCCGAGUUCACCAACACUUCGAUACCCAAGCCGUUGCAACUCGAAAUCCCUCCCCACCAUACAUACAACCAUGGUCUUCUCUACCCCUGCCAAAGUCUUUACCACAGCACUCGCCAUGGGUGCUCUGGUUGCCACCCAGAUUGAUCUGACGUCGCAAAAGAACGGUGCUGCCAACGGAAUUGCGUCCGACGCCGACGCUGCUUCAAAGCCUACAGGAGCUUCUAGCCGCGGCUUGAAGGGUGCUCGCCGUUUGGCUACCGGAAACGUCGAAGGAUACGGAAGGGUCAAUGCCACGUCCGGAACUCUCGUCAACGGCUUUGCCGGCCCCGGAGAGAGCUCUCAGUACGCUGCCGUCAAACAGACGGGAUCCUUCGACAUCAGCUCAUCUGCCACGGGUCCCAACGGAUAUAUUGAAGGAUCCAGUAGUGGGACGGUUUACCAUACCGAGCUGAAAACGAUUGGUCAGACUGACUACUAUGGCCAGGUUGAAAACACCGGGGCCACUGUCGAGUCCUACGGUACCGGCUACUUUGCCGGAAACUUCGACACGGAAGGGUCCACACCUGCUGGACCCAACGCCACGACCGCUCCUGGAGCCACGAUGGCACCCACCAGUGCCCCUGUCGCCACGUCGUCCACCAAGGCACCCAAGGCUUCCUUGGUACCCAAGAGUACUGCGGCACCCAAGAGCGAGAAGGCUACCCUUUCACCGAAGAGUGCCAAGGGCGACACCAUGAACAUCGAGGUGCCUCCCCCCGAGCCGCGCACUGCGACGGCGGACGAGGGGGCCGUCACGCCCGAAACUGAGACCGGUUCGGUGUACUCAGUGGCUGGAGGCACAAUCAAGUCCACGGUCACGGGACAAGGGAGCACAUACGUGUAUGCCCCUGGACCUGGAUUUAGAGAGAUUGGUGCCUCGGAAGGACAAGUUGGCAGCGCUUCUGGUUCCAUUUUUGUUGGUGGCGCUGGCAACUACAGCGGAACUGCGCCCAACGCGAGCGACUAUUACUUUGAUAGCGCUAACAACGAUGGUGACGCCGUAGGUGGAUCUCAAGUUGACAGCUCGGCAUCCGCUUCUGGUUCUGCGAAUGAUUUUGCUGCGGAUGCUUAUGCCAGUGGAUACAGUGCCCAGAACGGAGUUUUCGGAGCGUACGCAAACGGACCGAGUGCUGGCGAAUACUUGCCUGGCGGUAACGCGAGUAUUGCCAUGGACUCGUAUACCACGUUCGGGGUGUCCGGAGAGGCGGCGGCUUCUAGUCCGUAAGCUAGUCCGUAAGCCGACGAUGUCUGCUGACAUGCAGCCAUUGAGUGCUAGCGUCGCUCCGUCUUGAUGCGAGCUGACUCCUGCACUGCAACCUUUGGGUGUGCCACCACACUUUUUUCUAUGUUAUGACUUGUCAGAAGUUUUAACUGUAAAAAAGAAAAUAAGAUAAUCAAUCAUUUUCCUUUUUACUAUU